AUGAAUAUGUUGGAUGAUGAAGAUGACCAAAGCUUUCACGCUACGCGUGACGGCUACUCCCAUUUGAGCGAUGUCGAAUGGGAUGCGGUUGAACGAAUGGGUUCGACCAUGGGCAUCCAUGCUGUUAGCGUCAUGCUAGAGGCUCUCAAUAGAGAUGCCCAACAUGCUACUAUCGCCAAGUUCAUUCAAAAUGAACUUGACGCUGAACGCGAGAAAGUAGCCUUGCUUCACCAACAAGGUUCUCAACAAGCAGAGUUGUUGAGAGAACAGGGUGCUCAACAGUUUGAACUGUUGAGACAGCAGCAGGCUGCUGCUGGUGGGUCGAUGCACUCGCGUCGACCCGAAACCUUGAAGAUUGACAUCUCCAAGUACAAAGAAGUCAAAGAGGACUCUUGA